UUGCUGUUACCAUGGAAACUGUUUAUUACAGGUUGCUCAAUCAUAAUAAAUUUUUAAGAUGUGAUUUUUUUUUUUUUUCAUUGUUGAUGGUUUGGAAACUCACACAUAUCAUACCUGCGAGUGUUUAUGCAAGCUGCAUGCAUCACAUCACAUCACAAGCCCACAUGGAACACAUCUGUAUGCGUGAGAAUGUCGACACCCACAAAGCUGACCACAAACGAUAUGCAGUUUCCUCCCGUGUCUUCUAUGCCUCAUCUUUAAAGCUUUACUUUCAUUGCUCAUAAUCCAGUCCUCAUUUCUGCACUCAAGAGCACACCAUGCACGUGCAACAACGUUCCCUUCUUCUGAUUCUCACCUUGUUUCAAGCAACAGCUUGCUCAGGCAGUUUCAUCAUAGGAGGCCGAGAGGUCAAAAAACCUAAACCAUGGAUGGCCUCAGUCCAGUGCCAGAAAUCGCACAUCUGUGGAGGAACUCUUAUUCAUCAGCAGUGGGUUCUGACAGCUGCACACUGCAAAACUUUUUUUAAAUCUAAACCAAUCGAAGUGCUUCUCGGUGCUCACUCUCUGACAAAGGACAAAAAUGCUAUGCGAGUGAAAGUCCUGAGCUUUCACAUCCCACCAGAGUUCAGUGCUACAACUAAGGUUCAUGACAUCAUGCUCCUGAAGCUCCAAGACAAAGUCCAGCUUAAGAAAAACAAGGUAGACGUUAAGAAGAUUCCCAAAUCAGGCAAAGACAUCCCAGCAGGGACAAAAUGUGAAGUAAGAGGGUGGGGAACCACUCAUGUAAAAAACCGUAAGGCCUGUGACACCUUGCAAGAGGUGGAGGUGACGGUGGUGGACAGGGAACUGUGUAACUGCUACUACAACAGCAACCCUACCAUCACUGCCAACAUGCUGUGUGCAGGAAACAAGCAGAGGGACAAAGAUGCAUGCUGGGGGGAUUCUGGCGGACCUCUGGAGUGUAAGAAAAACAUUGUGGGUGUGGUGUCAGGAGGAAAUGGCUGUGGCGAACCCAAAAAACCUGGUGUCUAUACUCUUCUCUCAAAGGGACACAUUGACUGGAUCAACAACAUAAUUAAAAAGCAAUCCAACAGCACAGAGGCUUAGAAACACAACAUUUAUCAGUGCUUGCAGUAUAUAUAUCGUGUCAUAUACAGUAUCUGUCCGCAUAUACAUGAGGUAUAUUUGCUUGCUUGUUGGUUUUAUUUCAUCUUUUACUUCACACAUAUAGCUGAAAUUGAACAGUACAGCAAAAAAAAAAAAAAAAAAAAAAACAAGAAAGAAAGAAAAGAACUGGUUGCUUAGCUAUACAUGUACUCAAUCAGCCAAGACAUGUUUGGGGUCUUGAAAGCUGCCUCUUUCAUUUUUGAAGAAAUAUAGAGCUGUGGUUGUUUUUCUCAGUGAUUUUGUCCUUUUGUUCAUGUGUGUUGUUUUCUUUUAGAUAACAGUGUGUCUUACAGAGUCAGAAACCACAUCUUAAGGUCAGCUUGAGACACUCCACAAAGUGGAGAUACCACUUUCACACACACAUUUAGUGCAAACUUUAGACACGUCUUUGCCGAAGCACAGGUUUCAUUGGUAAUUUUGAGCAAUACUGGUAACAGCCACGUAAAAAAAGAUACUGUAAGUUAGGAAUAAAACACUGUGUGUGGUGCUGUUACAGAAAAAGAAUCACCAUAAUGGUUUUGUUACCACGCUGAAGAAACAGCAGGUCCCCGAGUGUUUUAUUCAUUUUAUACAGGAGCACAGCAAUUAGUGGAGUGCAAUUAUUUAUUUCUUAACAAACAACACAUCAUAUUUUCAGUCCUUUUAUUGUUGCAUUUAAUGUUGUGGAAUGUCUGUGAAACAAGUUAGUCAUUCUUUCACCAGACUCUUGUUUUCCACCCUAUUGAAGUUAAUCAAAUAAAAAUCAUUUAAAAAAAAAAACCCCGCAACUUGUCAUGUUACUAAGAAACCUAUGUUACAAGCACUGACACCAGAGAUUCAUUCCACAGAUAUUAAAUACACGUGCAAACGUUUGUGGAAAAUCAGGU